CACAAUUGUUGGAGCAAGAAAGAAUAUAUAUAACCAAUUCCAAUUUAACCCCAAACAUAUCAAUCGCCCUGUCUGUCUCCAAUAAAACAGGGGUAAUUGUUGGUCGGUCGACCCAUGAAGCAGUUUGCAUUGGAUGAUUAGUAUGAAAAAAUUUCUGAAGAAGCUACACAUCAGACCAAAUCAUUCAUCGGAUGACUCCAACUCGCAACGAUCUGAAUCAGUGAGUUCGAUUACAGGAUGGCUUAACUCGGUGACGAAUAAGAAAAGUCAAAGUGUUGAGAGGUUUGACUCGGUUAGUAGUAGUCAACUGGAUGCUGCCAUGGAUGAGUUGAACAACUCGGAGGUUGACGAGGAGUAUCAGAUUCAGUUAGCGUUGGAGUUGAGUGCUAGAGAAGAUCCCGAGGCGGUUCAGAUCGAAGCGGUUAAGCAGAUUAGCUUGGGGUCUUCUGGUCCUCCGGAGAAUACCCCUGCUGCUGCUGCUGAAAUUGUUGCUUAUAGAUAUUGGAAUUACAGUGCUCUUAGCUAUGAUGACAAGAUUCUUGACGGCUUCUAUGAUCUGUACGGGGUGUUGACGGGGCCCACAUCUUCAAAAAUGCCUUCGCUUGUGGAUUUACAAGCAACACCCGUGUCAGAUAAUGUUGCAUGGGAAGCGGUCCUUGUUAAUAAGGCUUCAGAUUCUAAACUUGUAGGACUUGAACAGAGGGCCCUUGAAAUGGCUGUGAAGUCAAUGUCUGAAUCCAUAAAUUUUGCUGGUCAAACAUUGGUUCAGAGACUUGCGGUUUUAGUUUCUGAUCACAUGGGGGGCCCGGUUGGAGAUCCAGAAAAGAUGUUGAUAGCCUGGAGGGAUUUCUGCUCGAAAUUAAAGGAAAGUAUUGGAAGCAUGGUUUUGCCCCUUGGCUCAUUAAAUGUUGGAAUGGCCCGUCAUCGGGCAUUGCUUUUCAAGGUAUUGGCUGAUAGUGUGGGCAUCCCUUGCCGGUUAGUGAAAGGGAAGCAAUACACUGGUUCCAACAAUGUUGCAAUGAACUUUAUAAAACUUGCUGAUGGAAGGGAAUAUAUUGUUGACUUAAUGGCGGAUCCCGGAACUUUGAUACCAUCGGAUACAGCAGGAGGAUUAAAUCUGGAUUAUGAGGAAUCCUUUUCAUCAAGUCCAUGGUCCCGAGACGAAGAUUCUUCUUCUUCUUAUUAUUUGGCUUCCUCAACAAGUAACUUCACCACUUCAUCUAUAGAUUACAUGGAAGAAAAUGACAACACGCAUUCAUCCGGUUUAUCACAACAGCCAAUCAAAUCUACGUUAGAACCCAAGAAAUCUUUACCACCAAAAGGAGGAACUUCACAUGCAAGAUCCCCUUCAUGGACUGAAGGAAUAAGUUCCCCUGCGGUACGUAAAAUGAAGGUAAAAGAUGUUUCACAAUACAUGAUGGAAGCUGCAAAAGAAAACCCUCAAUUAGCCCAAAAGUUACACGAUGUCUUACUAGAAAGUGGCGUCGUUGCUCCUCCAGACCUCUUUACCCAAGUUUAUGAUGAAGAGGAAAGUACUACCGAAAGUCAAAGUCAAAGUCAACCUCGUUUCUUACCUCCAUUACCACACCCAACCAAAGCUUAUUCACACUCUGAAGUAAAUCCAGUGCAAUACAUGAGGAGUGUUCCGGCUGCAGCGGCAGCCGCUGCAGCUGCCGCCGCGGUUGCUUCCUCUAUGGUGGUGGCUGCCACUAAAACGAUAACUGACCAAAAUAUUCAGCUACCGGUAGCAGCUGCAGCGACGGUGACAGCGGCGGUUAUGGUGGCUACAACGACUGCAAUAGCUGGUACUUCACAAAGUGAAAGUUUAAAUGUUGUGGAUUCUCCGAAAAAUGAAGGAGAUACGGGUCAACUUGAGAUACGUCAAGAAGGGGAGAGAGUAUCAGAUAGGUCGACAGGUAAUGAAAGCACAGUAUCUGAAGUAUCCCUUGAGGAUGUAGCAGAUUGUGAAAUAGCAUGGGAGGAUAUCACUUUGGGUGAACGUAUCGGAUUGGGAUCGUAUGGAGAGGUAUACCGUGGUGACUGGCAUGGAACCGAUGUUGCUGUUAAGAAGUUCCUAGACCAAGAAAUAACUACCGAAUCCCUUGAGGAAUUUAGAAGUGAGGUCAGGAUAAUGAAAAGAGUCAGGCAUCCGAAUGUUGUACUAUUCAUGGGGGCUGUAACACGUGUACCACAUCUUUCAAUUGUUACCGAAUUUCUUCCCAGAGGUAGUUUAUAUAAAUUGCUCCAUCGUCCCAACAACCAGCUAGAUAUUCGAAGGCGCUUGAGGAUGGCGCUGGAUACAGCCCGUGGUAUGAACUAUUUGCACAAUUGCACGCCUGUUAUUGUUCAUCGUGAUUUGAAGUCUCCAAAUCUCCUUGUUGAUAAGAAUUGGGUUGUUAAGGUUUGUGAUUUUGGAUUGUCAAAAAUGAAGAACAGCACCUUUCUUUCUUCACGAUCUACUGCAGGAACAGCAGAGUGGAUGGCUCCAGAAGUCUUAAGAAACGAACCUUCAGAUGAAAAGAGCGAUGUUUAUAGCUUUGGUGUGGUUUUAUGGGAGCUUUGCACGAUGCAACAACCAUGGAAUGGAAUGAAUCCGAUGCAAGUUGUUGGUGCUGUCGGGUUUCAACAUCGUCGUCUUGAAAUUCCAGAUGACAUGGACCCCGUCAUUGCGGAUAUUAUUACGAAAUGCUGGCAGACCGAUCCCAAACUACGACCUACGUUUGCUGACAUCAUGGCUGCCUUGAAGCCACUCCAGAAGUCGAAUGCAAGUUCUAAAACAGUCAAGAGAGUAGACCAAUCGGAUUCCACAAUGUAGCAGCAAACUGGGCAAAGGGUUUGUGUGAGUUAUUUGAUCACUAUACUAUAAAACACGAUGAAGUACGCCAUACGCGUGCAAUUCAAAUGAUUCUGAUUCUUCUGUAUGGUCAUUUUCAUGUAUUUUUUAGGCUUGAUCAUGCCACCAUCUUAGUUUUUUGUUUCUUUUUUGUAACCUCAGUUGUCUGUUUGGUUUUGUAAAUUCAUGUUGUAUCAUGGUCAUAAUUACUUGUUUAUAAACACUCGCUGUGUGUUGGUAUGUUGGAACCUAGAGUGCAAUGGGAACAAAGAUUUUGUGAAGACA